AUGAUAAAUAACAAUAUUGCGCAUAUUCAGAAAGAAGACGACUCCAGCGGUGACGAUGAACGGUUCCACGAUAGGGAAGCACUUGAGAUAGUGAAACGAUUAGAAGCCAAAUAUGGCGGCAAAAAGACUAAGAAAGGUCGAAAACUCUGUUUUGGUACCGAGGACGAUUACAUGGAUAAGAGAGCUGGAUACGAUUUGGAGGACGACUUCAUUGAUGAUUCAGAAGCGUACGAUGAACUCAUUCCUUCCACAAUGGACACCGUUCAAGGAGGGUUUUAUGUGAAUCGUGGGAAAUUGGAGUUUAAGACAAGGCAUGAAGAAGUGAAUGAUUCGGAUAUUUCUGAGGUGGAUGACUCUCAACCACAAAAGAAAGGCACAAAACGGCCACAAGUGUCGAGCGAUGACGACGUGGAAGUAAUCGAAGACCCUGCUGUAGCACCAACAACCAGCACGAACGUAGCCAAAGCUGUCACUGAGUCUGAUGCUCCUGCUCCGGACGCUGUUAAACCUCGAAUGGUUGGAGCUCCACCUUCGAAAGUUCGGAGAAUGACAUUGGGCGAAUCUCCUAAUCAACGUGCAGCAAAUGCCAUUAAAAAACGUCUUGUGGGAAUGCCUCCAACAUUGUUGAAGAGGAAAGUUCUUCAGACAGCUGUGGCUCGCAAAGAGAAUGAGAUGAGCGAUUUCCUUCGAAACAUGUCAGGUGGAUCUAUACCUUCACCCGGUGAAGAUCUCGAGCUGAUCGCCUCUACAUCCACCCAGCCCGCAGUUAAGAAUAAGACUCCAGAGAAAACAUCGACGGAACCUACCUCAACACCGGCCACGUCAAAUGUUCUUUUCCCCGAGUUUGUUCCCCAGAAUACGUCUGAACCAUCUAGUUCCGAGCCAAGCGCUAGCACAGUGGCUGUGCCAUCAUCUCCGCAGAAAAAGCGUCCUCUGGCUCCUAUGACUGACACAUUGUCUAGUAUGAUAGAGGAGUUCAAACGAUGUACAAAUAACCUUGCGCUCCCUGGCCAAAAGAAGCGACUCCAGAAUAUUCAUGUGGACAUGGUCAUCGCAAUAGAAGAGCAAUGUCUCAAAGAUGGCUACUCUGUCCACGAAAAAGCUCGAGUCGCACACUCGCUCGCGGAUUACUGCGGUAUACAGAAAAACUCGUUAUACGCCCGUUGUAUAAAGCGGAGAGAUGAACAUAAGAAUGGUGCUCCAAACUUGGCGUUUUUGGCGAAGUCAACCGGUGGAACAUUCUCAAACACCGCUGCUCCAACAACUGCUUUCAACAAGACCACCCCUACACCUAUAGCUACACCUAGUGCGAGCAAACCUACGAGUUCAGCAGUUCCAGCACCCACUCCAAGUAAAAGCACACCUACACCAGCAACGGUACCAGUUGUGCCAUCCCCUCUGAAAUCGACGUCUGUACAACCAGCAGCUACCACUGUUCCCACGACUACUUCGGCGCCGUUUGCAGCCAAAAUAUCCACAGCCAGUACUGCCUCUGCAGCAUCUACUUCUGGAACAGUACAUACUAAUGCGGCGUCGGCUGCAAAUUCUACACCGAAAUCAAGCCAGCCAUGGACAAAUCAGAAGAAACUGGCAGCGCAAGCGAUGAUCACGAAUGUAGCUGGCCUUCCGUCCUUCAGUGGAAGAGUUGGAGAACUACAGGAUAUACUCAAAAAGGUUGCAACUGAAGCCAUCACGUAUGAGGAUUUCUUAAAAUGGCACGACUUGAGCAUGAAACCAGCUUCAUCGAAAUUGCCAUCUGAAAACAAGGGCGUGAACGGAGUAGCAAAACAGGGCCAGUCCGCUUCUACCUCUAAUAAAGCAGUCAAUCAAAAAACGGAUUCGCCACAUGAGACUUCGGGUAUAACACAGUCCAAAAAUCCACCAACAUCGACGCUAGAACCAGUAAAACGAAUGACCCUUGCUCAAGCAAUGGCCACCUCAAAAUUACCACCUCGUAUGCGUCCUCUGACCCUGACCAGUGCUCAAAUAUCGGAGAAAUUCGAAGCUGAAAAGCAGAUAACUAUCAGAGCUGUGACGACCGCUAUUGAAAACAGCAAAGUGACUCACAAAAAGAAAUGUGAAGUUGCUGCAGCUGCUGGGAAACCUCCCCCACGAUUCGAUUUCUUGUGGACCGAGAAUUUGGCGCGAGCUUUACGAAGUCAAAUGGAACUUUACUGGUCUGUACUGCUGAGUUCUGAUACGUAUGCCAAGGCUUCUGAGGGUAUUGUCACAAUAUUCAGCAAAGAAGUUCUUCCUUAUUUCAAGGGAGAAAUCAAAUUGAGUCGUCUGCUUGUCGAAUACACCCGACGUAGUCCUGACAAAGCGUUCAUAUUAGCCUGCCCAAAUGUUCAGAAGCUAUUGAAGGACGAUGGAGUCGAUUUGAACAACAUCACCAUUAUCACCAAGAAGGAGAAGACCAGCAGUGACGCGGUGGCAUCCAAGGUAAAUUCAUCCCGACCAUAUAAACCGAUUUUGCCUGUUAGAUCGUCGCCGUCCGACGAAAUACAGACCGCUACCGUACAAGAAGAUGGAGAUGUUAGUGUGGUUGAGCCGAGCACAUCGAAUGCUACCACCUCAAACAGCGACGCAGCAGCUGCAGCAGCGACGUCAUCAGCAGCGGCAGCUUCGAAGCAUGCAAUAGCAGCUUUGAAUGGUAUGGGCAUGAACAUGACACCUACACAAAUGGCUGAGUUGACAUCCGCUAUGCAGCAGAUCAGUUCUUUAACAACAGAUCCCCAGAAGUUACUGAUGUUGCAGCAAGCGUUGAUAAUGCAAGUAAUGACGCAUAACCAGGUGGAAGCAAAAAGAAAACAGGAAGAAGAAAAGAGGAAAGAAGAAGAGAAAAAAAAAAAGUUGGAAGAAGAAAAGGAGGCGAAAAGGCGAGCUAAGGAAGAGGAAAAGUUGAAAUUGAUUGAGAAGAAGAAGGCAGAGGCGAGAGAUGCGAAAGAAAAAGCCUUAGAAGAAAAGCGUUUACGUCUGGAGGAGGAGAAAAAGCAAAAACUUGCUGAGAAGGCUAGGAAAGCGGAGGAGGAGCGAGAAAAACGUCUUCAAGAGCAGGCGGAAAAAGAGCGCAUUAUGAAAGAAGAAAGAGAACGGCUAGCUAGAGAGGAAGCUGAGAGACUGAAGAAAGAGGAGGAAGAACGUAAGCGACAAGAGGAGAUCAGAAUUAAAGCUGAAGAAGAGCAAGCGAGAGAGACGGAAAGGAAACGUCAAGCUCAGCUCCGAGAGGAGGAGGAGAAAGCUGCCCAACUGUUAGAAGAAGAGAUCCUUCUGGAAGAGGUGACACACAGUGAGGUUCCAAUUCCGACUGAGAUGAAAUUGGCUCUCGAGGAAGAAGAGGAAGCUGAGUCAGCUCGACUGAAAAAGCAGGAGGAGCAAGUGGCAGCUGUUCGCGCGGCUAAUCUGGCGGCACAGGCUCAACAAGUGCAUUCCACCCCAAGCACGGCCCAGGUUCACCAUCAGCCCACAUCGGGAUCGGCACAGAGCACAACGUCUGCUGUAGUUCAUAAUCCGAAUGUGAUCAUCGAGCAGAAACCUUUAGCUGCUCCACCACCUCCGAAGCCACAGCGUAAGUCCUUUCUCUUCAUCAUGUUUAAGCUCCAACAAUUUUCCAAAUUAUUCAAGCCUCUACACCAGCCUCGUAUACCUCCAUGA